UCUUCAAGUUUUGUAAACAAGCAUGGAUGUCGGUUAGAUUAUUGAACGUUAGUUUACUGGAUAAUAGUGACUUCAAACAAUUCUAAGGAAAUUCGUAGCGUGUUUGCCGUAUGGUUAGCUGGCGGGACUUUAAUCAAGAAAUAUUUAUAACUACUAAUACAGCAUCAUUUAGUCCUAUCCAGAUUUGCAAAUAAUAAGAUGUGGCAAUAUUCGCCACAUGUGUGGGCAAUAUUUAAGCCAUCAUUUUCAGGGGUAGUACGGGGUGUACGUUCGCGGGGACUGUCAUCAUCAUCAUCAUCAUCAUUACCAAUAAGCAGCAGUGACUUUAUUUACAAAGAUGUGGAAACUAAAGAUCAGCCAGAGGUUUCUAAGCUGCUUGAUGAUGCUGCAAGCUUUUCUGAAAUUGGGAAUGCUGAAUGGGCCACAACGCCCUACCCUGCAAGUGCGAUGACAGAUCCUUUGGCAGGCUGCUCAAAGCGCAAGGUCGAGUCGUCGGAGAGGUCAAUUAUUUUGUUUCCUGGACAGGGUACCAUCAAAGUGGGUGAUGUCAAACCGUAUCUUCGAUUCCCUCGUGUUAAGGAGCUCUAUCAGAUAGCAAGUGAUAUCUUAGGUUACGACCUUCUUAAAAUCAGUAUGAGGGGCCCACAGAACGUGCUCGAUCGAACAGAAUUCAACCAGCCGGCAACCGUUGUCAGUUCCCUCGCGGCUCUCGAAAAGUUACAGGAGGAACGGCCCCGAGCCGUUGAAUCCUGUGUAGCAGUAGCUGGCUACAGCGUUGGAGAGCUUACUGCUCUUAUAUUCACUGGAGCCAUGCCUUACGAAGAAGGCAUCCGACUUGUAGGCGUCCGAGCCGCCUCCAUGCAGGCUGCCUCUGAAAUCACUUCCCAGGGAAUGCUGUCAUGUUACUGCACACCAACUGCAAAAGUUGGAAGCAUCUGUCAGCAGGCUCAGAAGUGGGCAAUGGACAUUGGGGCAGCACAUCCUAUUUGCCAAGUGGCAGUCUACAUGUACACACAAGGAAAAGUUUUUGGAGGUUGCAGUGAAGCCUUGCAAUACAUUGAAAAAAAUUGCCGUGGUCUUGGCUUACGUCAUUUAAAAAGGUUACCAGUAACUGGUGCGUUUCACACCCCUUUGAUGGAAGGUGCUUUAAAACCAUUUACCAAGGCCUUAAUGGACACCCCAUUGGGAGAGCCAAGUGCAUAUGUCUAUUCUAAUUUCUCUGCCUCAACUUAUACUAAUAAUGAAAAACUUAACAAAAAGUAUUUAAGUCGCCAAAUUGUUUCUCCAGUUAAAUGGGAGCAAAUAAUGCAUAAGUUGUACGAAAGGCCAGAAGGAACGCAAUUUCCUCGAAGUUUUGACAUGGGCUCAAAAGGUACCUUAAAGACUAUAUUGAAAAACAUAAAUGCUAAAGCUGCUGACUCUUGUUACGCUUAUUAGUCAAAAACUAUAUGUUAUACUUUGUUUUCCUAAUUUUAAUAGGUAAAAAUAACUUGAUAUUUUGAAAUAAACAAUAUAGUUUUUUUAGUCAUAUUAUUAUAACGCUAAGG